AUGCCUCACCCGACCUCAUCGUCCCUGCCAACGACAGCUUCAGAGGCGAAACGCAGGUCUCGCUCGCUCUCUCGAUCAAGGCUCAGCUGGUCGACUCGUCACUCCUCACUGAAUCCGCCGCCCCCUUCGUCUUCGGCGCCUUUCUUGAUACCUGAGACCGUUCACUCGAACCUGCAGGAUGCGUACAGCAAGUCUGGUCUAGACUCGACAGCAGAGCACGACAGGAAACCCAGAUUGAUGUCUACCAGGGCUGCUACUCCCAGCACUGGUACUUCGUCCUCGACAUCGACAUCGACAACAACAACAACGACCACGACGACGGCGCGAUACCCUUCACUUGCAUCUCCGCUGCCACUCUCUUACCUACCGCGUGAGAGCAUCUCAGCAACCUCAGAGUCAACCGAUUCAUCUCCUACCACCAGCAGCUCGACCUUCGACUCACCAAUCAUCAUGGAGACGUCUCCGAGCUCGUCUCCGGAAUCGCCAACUUCAAUCACCCCGCUGGGUCCACUGCGCAAACCAGAGGGACGAGUAGUGAAUUCUCCAGUUCCGGAACCACAUCUAAAACCGCCACAACACCAACACCAACAACACAGCUCUACAGUCGGGGAAAAGGAGUCCUGCAACCUACCAGAGUCCUCCCCUUCGCGGAAGGCAAGAAACCUGAAAAACUUGUCCCUCAGACUGCCACAGCCGGGCUCCUGUCGACAGCCUCCCCUCAGCACCGCGCCCAUCACUGAAAGUAGCGCCAGGAACCUCUCCGCGCCGCCCUCGCCAAUGCACCAUCACACUACCACCACUAAUGCCAGCAAGAGGAAACCGCCGAACCUUACCAUCCAGACACCAGGCUUCAACCGAUGCUCCUUUGGCUCAAAUGCGGUGCCCCCAACCCCCACGUUAAAACCGCUCCUUCGUCAUGCUGAAUCCUCCCCGUCUCUUAACUCAAUUCUUUCCCCGACUUUCCCGGACAGCACCAACACCAGCAGCAGACCGUCCAUGUCAUCACAGCAGCGCACCACCAACCCAGGCAAACGGCCCCUCUCCGGCUCCCGAGAUGAAUCCAACAGCCAGUCAACCCACCAACAGCACCUCUUCACACAACACGAAUUGCUCGAGAGGUUAAACGAAGAAGAUGAUAACCCAAUCUCUCGCGAGUCUCGCAAGGGUUCCGAACGCGGGUACCCCCACGGUCCGGUCCUCAUCUACGACUCCGGCCUGUAUCUCUACCUCGAACCUAACCAUGAAGAGGCCUCUCGCUUCGAUGUCGUCUUCAACGUAGCCAAGGAAGUCCGCAACCCGUUCAAGGUCGCUGCCAGAGAGAGACAGGAUACUGUCAUGUCCGUCUGGAAAGCAAAUGUCGGCAGACACAACUCAGAGCCUUCCACCGCCACCUCAGAUGCCACCUUCAUGUCCGCAUUCGAGUACCCGCCAUCUGCCACCGCCGAGGAGGCCGAGUCAGAUUCCCCAUCCACACCCAAGGCAGAAGAUACCCCCUGCCAACGGCCAGAGUACAUACACGUUCCCUGGGACCACAACUCCGAAAUCCUAGACGACCUCUACACGCUCUGCGAAAUGAUCGACGAGCGUCUCUCUCAGGGCAAAUCAGUCCUCAUCCACUGCCAGCUCGGUGUCAGUCGUUCUGCCUCGCUCGUCAUUGCCUAUGGACUCUACAAAAAUCGACAUCUCGACUUCAACUCCGUCUACAGCAUGGUCAAAGCCCGUAGUCGCUGGGUAGGGCCCAACAUGAGUCUCAUCUAUCAAUUGACAGACUUCCGAAGCAAACUGCAGGACAAGAGCAAUACCAGCAAGCAGCCUGCUCCGGAAUGGCUUGACAGUCCAGCUGCCCAAGAGAAGGCACCGCAACUGCCACUCCCAUCGUCCUCUCCGGCAUUCAAAAAACCCUCCCUCGAGAGCCAGUCAAGUUCAAACACAGGAUUCAGCUUCUUCUCGCACAACCCGUUCAGCCUUUCUCGCCUUACCAGCAGCAGCAGCAAGAGCAGCAACGCCAGCAAUAGCAAUAGCAACGGUUCUUCAUCCAAACGCUGCAGUGUGCUGCCCCGUCCAUUACCCUUACGUGAAAAAUAUCAGACGUUCCACUCAUAUCGUCGCUCCAACUCCACCUCUCGUCCAGAAACCCUCUUCCCAAACCGCUCGUUCUUCCAGCCUCCUAACAAAUCACACGGCGACACAGACGUACAUAUGGCCGAUUGCCCUGCGCCCACAACCACGCUUCCUGAUGAAUCAACCAUCUUUUCCCCCAAAACCACAGAUCAGUUCGUCAUCGCAUCUCCUUUCUCGCCGGGUAUUUUCUCCCCUGGCGCUCCCGCUCUGCCUCCCGUCGCUAGCGGUCUGGGUCUAGCAGGUGUGGAUUCGGUUCGCAAAUCUCUCGAGGUCAACCAACCAACGUCUCCAAUCAACAGACCGACAGUGAUGUAUGAUCCACGAUCGCCGCAGCAGUCUACAGAGCCAAUAAUAAUGCGGAACAUUGACGAGUUUCUCUAA